ACUAUUUCAUUAAUUUUAGAAAAAAUGAGUGCUAUGAAACUUGGUCCACCCCAUCCACCGGUUCCACCUAUUCCAAGCACAACCCCAGCUAUGCUGGUCAACUGGUCUGGAGAUGCUAUGGAUACUCUCAAACUAAAAAUAGGACUCCUGAAACGAGAAAACGUGGAUUCAUCGUUGAAGAUGGAGGAGGCUGAAAAGGCUAAACACGAAGCUGAAGAAAAAACUAAAGCUGCAGAACUAAAGAUUAGAGAAUUAUCUAAACUUAUUCACACCAGAAAAAUUCAAUUGGACCUGAAUGCAGACCAGCUGAUGAGGAAUCAGAUCUCCUGCAGAAGGAAGGAGGAAGCACUUGUGUCUGCUACAGAGGAAAUAAAUAAUUUAAAACUUCGCGAGAUGGCUCUUCAGUCAGAGCUAGAGAGAGUCGGAAUAUCUUUUCCUGAAACAUCAGAGAACUUAUGUACUGCAAGCCAGCAUGCUGAUAAAGAACUCAGUGAAGUAAAGAAGCUUGAGAUUAGAGCUAUGCUAGCAGACCAGACUAUAGAGGAGAUGGAACAGCAGCUAGAUCUAGCCCACAAUAUGGCAUUCUCUACAAAUAUUAAGGCGGAUGAAAUGUCUCGUAAACUCGAGAUUCGACAGAUUGAACUUCGACAAGCAGCUGAUAGGGCAGCUGCUGCUCAGUCGAGACUGGACUCUGUAAAUGAAAAGCUGAAAAACAUGGAUAGAAAGAUGAACUGUCUCCAGUAUAGUCUGGAGGACAAGGGACAAAUGGAGAGAAAGAUGAAGAAGCAAACACUCUUAAUCCAGGCUCGCCUGGAUGACACUGAGGGUAGACUGGAGCGAGAGAUGGAUGCUCUAAGAAAAAUUAAACAGAGUAUAGAUCUGAGAGCAGCUCGUGCAAGAAAAUAAACUAACAGUCUUGUACCCUCUUUAACUAAAAAAUUUUGCAUCGAGUUUGUAAAUUUUAAUGUGAAACGUUCUGCAGAUUGCAAUUAUUCAAUUCUAAAUAUAAAUUUGAUUUAAAUUAAAGCUUACUUUCCUUUAUUGUUAUUACUUGUUUAAACUUUCGUUAUCUUACUAAACCUUGAUUUUUACAAUUAAAUGUUUAAAUAUUGUAAAACUAGUAUACUUCUUAUAUUCCUCGGACCGAAUUUAUUGAAUUUGAACUGUCUACUGCCGGUUCAAAUUUGAAUUCAGAUCAAAUUCUUCCCUAAUCUUAAACUUUGAAUUGGUGGUUCAAAUUUGAACCUGCAUGCAGUUUGUAGUUUAGCGACAUAGCUAAAAUUCAUUAAAUUCGGUCCCAAGUAUCAUUUGCUUACUUAUAUAGAAAAUAAAAAGUAGAACAAAAUAUGA